GCCUUUACUAUGAUGUUAGUAAACAGAUACGAAGUAGAGUUGGGUCGUUGAUCUGAUCCUUCAAGCCAAAUUCUGCACAACAGAACCAACUCCGCAUAAAGUCACGGGGAGAGAGAAAUGUGCUGCGGAGAAAGCCAUCGACUUCCACAACGUCGACACGACUGAUGUCACGUACCUUCCAAAAAAACCUGCGACGACACCACCUCUCCAGAUAAUUUCGAAAUUGACAAAUCCAGUUUUCCACACUGAUUGAGCAGUGUUUUUAGUGUCUUGCAUAUUUUCAUAUACUUGAGGAAAUCACGGUUUUUAAGUGAAAGCAUAUAAUUUACGAUACGCAGAUGAGACUACGGGUUGAAGUCGAAUGGCAAGGUGAGCCGUGGAGAAAGCGGGUCCGCAUUCAGAAGUUGGCCAUAAUCGACGCCAUAUUUGGCAUCCUCGUCGCCAUAAUUUACAUCGUCAAGUUGGCAUUUCCCGAUCUUGAACCUGACUUCGCUGGCCUUACGUCCGCGGAUCGAAUCAAUAAUUCACUGGCUCUUGUAUUUCUCAUUGCGGCGAAUCUCAUUCAAACGGCGCAAGCUGGUUGGUUAGCCUUUGUUGUGAGCAAGAAUGAAGGCCGUGACCCCACAAGCUGUUUCGAAGCAAGCAAAUCAUGGUACGAUUUUACCCAGUUUUCUUAUCUAUUUGCCAUUGUGAAAUGCAUCAUCGGGGUGAGUUACAUCAUCCAAGUGGCUCCUGUCCCCUGGGUGCUGGCGUUGGUAGGGGUCACGCUGCUCGAAAUCGUCUUCAAAAUGUACAUGCUCUACAACGUCUACGGAUUUAUGAAAGAUCUCAAACAGAGUUUGAAGUACAUGCCGAAAUUCAAAUUUAUUCCGGUCAGAUCGUCACCAUCGCCGUCAAUUGGAUCCGAGGAACGAUACAUGUAUGACAGAUUCAUCAACGUGGAUUUCAACGCUAACGCCAAACUGUUGGCGUAAACGGGCAAACGCAAGCAAUAAAAGUCAUAAUAAGUUAUUAUGAUAACACAAAUUAGUUGUUAAUUAUUCAGUAAUAUAUGUCGUGUCAUUUUAGUUAGUUUUAGUAGUUUACAUAGUUGUUAUGUUUAGUAAUGAUAAUAAUGAUUACUCGAUUUACAUACAUAUGUACAUAGAUUUCUGUAGACUCGAAUAAGUAAAUCCGUAAUACAUAUUAUAGGUUCCUUCCAGAAACGCAUAGUAUCGAAAAGUCUUCAUGAAAUUUAAUUAGCCAAAAAACGUACAUACCACUGUAAUAAGUAGCGCUUGUAGAAUGUCAAAUAGAUACUUUCAUACCUCCAUAAUAUGUAUUUGUCUAGAAUAUAAUUAUAAUUGCCAGUGUUGUGUAGCCUUAAUUUUUAGAAUGAUAUACACGCAACAAAUUCUAACUCUAGUCUAGUUCUGACUUAUCUUUCGAUAAGAUAAAAAUGAUCAGGUUUGUCGGAUUGGUCGUCUUGUCAGAUUUUUGUAAAAAAAAUUGUCUGUCCUUCAUUUUUGUAAAACAAGAAGGGAUAGAAAAGUAGAAAGAAAGCUGUGAUAGAGAUGUGCAAAGAAAUUGAAAUUGAAGGACUGAAUGCAACGCUGCUAUUAUUCUGGUGACCUGAUCUUUUUUCAACAAACUUCCUACAGUUUCGCUAAAUAACGAGAAAACAAAAUAAUUCUUUGUUAAUUUAUUAACAAUCAUAAACUUGACUUGUAAAAAAAACUAACGCUUUCAACCCAUGAUUUGAUAAUAUGUAACAACUUGCAAAUGGGAUAAAAAUAAAUAAAAUCAUAGAUACGAUAUGCGAAUAA